AUGAUACAUUCUGGAGCUAUCACAGCACCGACUCAACUCACAUGUCGUGUUCAACAUGUCUCUUCUUCAACUGAAAAUGCAUCACCGAUUCAGAACAACUCUUUGAUUACAACUACUUCCGCAUCGGCUUGUUCUUCAGUAUGUGGAGAACUUCUCACUAUUCAUGCAGCGCAUCAAUCAGUAGUUACCUAUGGAAAUCUACCAACACCGCAAUUACUACCACCACCACCGACCACUCAUUAUUUUCUAUCACAGAAGACAACGGAAUCCAAUCUUAAUAGAACAACAAGUCUAAUAUCAACUGGCAAUAGACCUUCAGCUUUUCGACCAAUCAUUCCAACUACUUCAUCUGAAUUAUUUGUAGUUACAACUCUAAACUCGCUCAUGUCUUCAGCAACUCAUGAUUCUAGUCACAUUAACUGCACUGAUCCUAAUAGUCAGCACCAAACUGCAUCAGUUCUCAAAAACGUCUAUGUUUCUUAA